AUGGCAUUAGCUGGAUUUUGUGCUGGUCGGUCUUUUAACUGUACUUCUGAAAAUGACAAAGCAGAUGAAUCAAAUCAAUCCUCCGCUCUUGGAUUAUGUUCUGUGAGUCGGUGUUUUCGCAAAGAAGCUCCCAACCAAGAGCCAACGCUUUAUCGAGUACACCAGUUCACUAAAGUAGAAAUGUUUGCCAUUACUGCCCCCUCAUUACUUGUCAGUGACGCAAUGUUCAAUCAAAUUAUCAAAUUGCAAAUAUGUCUAUUCGCUGAUUUAGGUUUACAUUUUAGAGUUCUUGAAAUGCCAUCGGAAGAGCUUGGUGAUUCAGCUUACAGAAAAGUUGAUAUUGAGGCCUGGAUGCCAGGAGAUCAAAUAUACGGAGAGAUUUCUAGUUCAUCAAUCUGUCUCGAUUAUCAAUCAAAACGUUUAAAUAUUCAAUGGCAAACAUCUAGUAACCAAAAUGAAUUUGCUUACACAUUAAAUGGAACUGCCUGUGCAAUCCCACGUAUAAUGAAAGCCCUAAUAGAGACCCACCAGACUCAAGAUAAGCAUAUUAUCGUCCCAGAUGUUUUAAUACCUUAUAUGAAAAUGGAGAAUCUUUAUCCAGCAUUUCAACUUAAACGUGUUCUCAGCCAGAAACUAUGA